AUCAGCGGGUUCGCAUCGCGGUAUAGGAGUAGGGGGUGGGCGAGGAGCUCCUUUUCCGGUGGCAGGGUCUGGGGAAGGGGCGGCGGCGCCAUGUCCGGCCGCGAAGGUGGCAAGAAAAAGCCCCUGAAACAGCCCAAGAAGCAGGCCAAGGAGAUGGACGAGGAAGAUAAGGCGUUCAAGCAGAAACAAAAAGAGGAGCAGAAGAAACUCGAGGAGCUAAAAGCGAAGGCCGCGGGGAAGGGCCCCCUAGCUACAGGUGGAAUUAAGAAAUCUGGCAAAAAGUAAGCUGUUCCAUGUGCCUGAGGCAAUGAUGACCCUUGAUUCCUAUUUAAACAUCUGUAUUCCCUGCCAUAACAUCUUUUGCCACCUAUAGCUAAAAUGAAGUGUUGUCUUGGAGCCUAUUGUACAUUUAAGAAUAAACUUUUGUUUAAAAAAAAAAAAAAUCAUACAGUGGCUCAUCAUCUCUUAAGCUGUUUUUACUCAGCCAUUCCUACCUUAGCUGUGAACUAAAGUAAAACCAGCCCAGAAUCCUGCCAGAGUCUGCUCUUUGGUCUUUGUUCCGCCCUAAAUUCUGUUAUCACCUGGAAUUAAACCAACUCAUUUGAAAGGC